UUGAUAAUGUUUCGCAAAUUAACUACAUAGUACCCACUCAUAAGAGAGUUUAUCUCAAAUUACUUGUAUCAUUACAUAGUUUAGUGACAUAUCUAUUUCGUACAUGCAAAUCAUUGAGUGAAAGAAUUUUUUUAUAAAAUUCAACAUACGUGUAAUUUAUUUGCAAAGUAGUUUUCAAGUUUAUUCGUACAUCGGGUAUAUGUUUUUUUUUUUAUUUUGGUUUUGCAAGAGUGGGGAGUUGUUUGGCCACCAUAUAAAUAUUCCAUUCGUCAGUAUCGUUUGUCAGUUGUGGACGUUGUCCUGAAUUACCAAGGGCAUUUAUAAGUGUACUUUUUUGAAUUUCGUUUACUGUACCUACUCCCUUUUUUUUUACUUAACACGCAUUUUGUACUUAAUACGCAUUUUUAUUUUUAUAUCUUUAUCUUUGUACUUAUCUUCCACCCCUAAAUACUCAUAUAUUUUUUCAACUAACAUAUUUUUUAUAUAAAUAUUUAAAACCCACUAAAAAAUAUAAAAAAUGGGUUUGAGAAUUUUGGUGAAAGUUUGCGAAGCGAAUAUUUUCUCACGAGCUGUAUCAGGUAAAUCAUGGACCAUUUUCGGGAGACAUUUCAGUUGCAGCACGACCAUGUCAAGGACGAUGCUCAAAGAUUCGCCCAACGCGGCACUCAACAAAUCAUUGCUGACCAAAUACUUGGAUUUACCUCAACCCGAUGAUAAAAUCCAGGCCAAAUAUAUCUGGAUCGAUGGUACUGGCGAGGGAUUACGAUCCAAGACAAGAACGCUGGACUUUGUACCGAAACAUCCAUCGGAACUUCCCAAGUGGACGUACGAUGGUAGCUCGACUUAUCAAGCUGAUGGUGCCAAUAGUGAUAUAUUCUUAGAGCCAGUAGCUAUUUACCGCGAUCCAAUUCGCCGUGGGAACAAUAGACUCGUUCUCUGCGAAACAUUUACCAGCGACAAUAAACCAACUGCAACAAACAAACGGCACAGAUGUAAUCAAGCCAUGGAGGCUGUUAAAUCAGAAGAACCCUGGUUUGGUAUUGAACAGGAAUAUACUUUCCUUGACUUUGACAACAGGCCACUGGGCUGGCCGAAAAAUGGUUUCCCCGGUCCCCAGGGUCCUUAUUACUGUGGAGUAGGUGCCGACAAAGUUAUUGGCCGCGAAAUUGUUGAAGCUCACUACCGCGCUUGCAUGUACGCCGGUGUAAACAUUGCUGGCACUAAUGCCGAAGUGAUGCCAUCGCAAUGGGAGUUCCAAGUUGGACCCUGUGUUGGAAUCAGUGGUGGUGAUGAUCUCUGGAUAGCGCGUUUCUUAUUGCAUCGUAUUGCCGAAGAGUACGGUGUCAUUGUAACACUCGACCCCAAACCAGUUGAUGGAUCCUGGAACGGAGCCGGUGCUCACACAAAUUUCUCAACAAAAUCGAUGCGUGCCAACAACGGUAUCGUUGAAAUUGAAAGGGCCAUUGAAAAAUUGAGCAAACAACACGUGAGACACAUCCAGGCUUACGAUCCACGUGGAGGAAAAGACAACGAACGUCGUCUUACUGGUAAAUGCGAAACGAGCAGUAUCCAUGACUUUAGCGCUGGGGUUGCCAACAGAAACGUCAGUAUUCGUAUUCCACGUGGUGUUGCUGAAGAUAAAAAAGGCUACUUGGAAGACAGAAGGCCCAGCAGUAAUUGCGACCCGUAUUCUGUUUGUGAUGCAUUGGUUCGUACAUGCUUGCUGAAUGAGUAAUUUUUUUUCUCAUUGUCAUGUUUAUUUCCAUGUACAACUAGAUAAUUUAAACAAUGAUACAAAUGUUCCAACACAUGUGGAAUUUAAAAUUGUUUAAAGAGAAAAGAUAAAUAUAAAAAACAAUCUCUUUAUGUUAGUUGAAUAAUUGUCAAGUAGAUUAAUGAAUAGUCUUUAAAUUAUUCAUUCAAAAUGUCUCUAUUGAUCUACGUUAAUUUUUAUUUUUUUGUCUAAGACAAAUACUUUAUUAUUAAAUAAAUAUGUAACUAAAUGUCUUUUGAUAUCUUGAGAUAUUAAAAGUAUAAGUAUUGGGUAUUUUUAUUGGCAAUUAUUAUUAUUACGAGUAUAGAUUUAUUAUCAAACAAUAAUAGAAAAUUUUAAAAAAUAUUUUUGAUAAGUGAGCUUGUAUUUUAUCUAUUUUAGCGAGGGUGCCUUCCAUGUACGGUCUGCAUAAUAAAUGUUAUUUUUAUUUAAACAAUUAGACUAAAGAGCAAAGAGAAUGUAUAGGGUAGAAGGAAAAAAUUAAAAAUUGCUGGCAAUAAUCUACGACCGUUUUAUUCAUUCCGAUGCAAAUCCUCGAUAAUCUUGAACGACUUUACACUAAUUACAAUUUAAAUAGAUAAAAAUUAUCUGUAGAUUAUUUUAAUUUCAACGCGUUUGUUGAUUUAUUUAAUUUUUUUUUAUCUCGCCGAAUCUUUACCAAUGAAUUAUUACUAACUGCUGUAAUGUUAAUGGCAAUUAUCAUUGACAGCCAAUUAAAGUUAUAUAUACUUCUAUCUAUAUAUAUAGAUAUUUUUGUCAAUUACAAAAUCGUGGAUUUUAUCAUGUACUCAUUAUUAUUUUAUAAUACGAUCAAUAUACAUAAAUAUUAACACUUUUAAUAAUUGAUAUUACAGUAAUACGUAUAAAUACAUAUAUUAUUAUACUAAAAUUUCAUAUAUAUAUAUUUCUGUAUUUUAUUUACAGAAUAAUUGUGUUAUUUAUAUGAUAUAAAUAUUUAUCAGUUCAAUUGUAUAAAAUGUAGAGACAUAUUUUGGAAAAUGUGAAAUUAUUUCCAUGUUAUUAAUUAAAAUAAAAAAAAAAUAUGAAUUGUUAAACUGCAUAAUCAAAUUGUAAAAUUAAAAAAAAAGUAAAUAAAUAAUGUGAUGUUUUAAUAA